UGUGGAGAGCGGCCUAGGACAUGGAGAGAUGAUGCCCUGUGUUUGGGCCACACCUCUGAGGUUUUCUCUCCAGGACAGCCUGGUUUCCCCUCUUCAGCCUAUUGUUUCACUGGAUUUCAGAUUGUGAGUUCUGAUUUUUGGUCAGAAGAAUGAAGUUUCUGGGACUGCGGAUGUGUGUGCCGUGGGAAUUCAGUGUGUCUCCAGCUGUGAGACUGGCAGAAGGGGUUUCUCCCCAGCUCCAUCCCGGGAGGCUCUGUCGUGCGCCUCCUCAAGUCCCCAACCCCUUCCCAUUGGCCCUUUCCCUCCCCUGGCUUCCUGCGGACAGAAAGCAGGGGAAUAAAGGCAGAAGGCAGUGUGAGGGAGGCUGUGUUUGCUGCCUGGGUUCUCUGGGCUCACUCCCAUGGUGAGCUGCACACCGUGAUGGAGACCCCUCUGGAGAAGGCCCUGACCACUAUGGUGACCACGUUUCACAAAUACUCAGGGAGAGAGGGUAGCAAACUGACUUUGAGUAGGAAGGAACUCAAGGAGCUGAUCGAGCAAGAGCUGUGUCUUGGGGAGAAGAUGAAGGAGAGCAGCAUCGAUGACUUGAUGAAGAGCCUGGACAAGAACAGCGACCGGGAGAUCGACUUCAAGGAGUACUCGGUGUUCCUGACCACGCUGUGUAUGGCCUACAACGACUUCUUCCUGGAGGACAGCAAGUGACUCGGGAUGCCCUCCACCCUCACCCUGUGUCCCUUGCCGCUGACCUUGGCUGCUCCUGUCACGGCCCCUCUUUGGUCCCCUGCCCUCCUCUCCUCCCCGAUGGACCCUUCCACAGGAGGAAAUAAAGUUUCCAUCACAGGU